AUGGAUAAUUUGCAUCUUACAUAUGACAAACAUCCCAAAUAUUUCGGCUUCGUUCUCGAUCCAGAGAUCACCAGUAACAAACAUGUGGAUGCGCUGGUUUUUAAAGGCAGAAAACGCCUAAACAUUCUGAAGUAUAUCUCGGGACGUGAUUGGGGAUCCGAUGCCUGCACUUUGAGAACUACUUACUUAGCUAUCAUACGACCUAUUUUGGAAUACGGUUUCCCCGUUUACUGUUGUGCCUCUUCCACCAACCUCCAGAAAUUGGAAAGAGUCCAACUCAGUGCUUCUCGCAUUAUAACUGGAUUGCGCAACAGUUGCCCGAAUAAAAUUGCGUUGUAUGAAACAGAUCUUCAACCCCUCAGUCUAAGAAGAAAUGCAGACCUCGUAAAAUAUUAUAAUAAACUUCUCAGUUACGGCUCCCAGAAUAGAACUUCAGAAUUUCUGCAGCACAGGAGUAAUAACCAAAGACUUAAGAAUAAUAGUCCACUUUGUCAAAUUGAGUAUACUGGUAUAAUUGACCGUAAUGUUGAGCAGCAUUCCUUGAAACAAUGUUUAGAUCCGUCUGAGGGACUCCCUGGAGUCGGUUUCCAUGCGGAACUUUCGUCUCGAGUUUCCAAGAAAAAUGAUAUUCCGGCCCUGUUACGACAAUCUGCCUUGGAACUGUACAUGCAAUUCCCGCUGAAGCUACCCUCAUCUAUACUGAUGGGAGUAAAAGCGAGGACUCGCUCCGGUAGUGGUGUUGUCAUUAAAUACACAAAUGGAAAUAUCGUUAAAAUAAAGAAAAGAAAUUCUGACUUCAGUUCGGUUUUUAAAAGUGAGCUUAUAGCCAUCGAAGAGGGACUAAAUGCUGUUUUUUACUUUACAGAUCUUAAGGCAGUAUGGAUUUUGUCUGACAGUCGUAGCGCUAUCAAAUACCUUUCAAAUUGGCAAAGAGCUGGUGAUAGGGCUGGAACCGCAAUUCUUAGCAAACUUAGGCAGGUCUCGUCACUCUGUGAAGUGCAUCUUCAGUGGAUUCCUUCCCAUGUUGCUAUAUGGGGGAAUGAAAUGGCAGAUAUUCUGGCGAGGGAGGCUUCUGAAGAACCUUUGCCAAUUAUCAAUUCACUGACAUAUCUUGAACUGCAUUCCAUUAGAAGACAUGCUGACAGGCAGAUUUGGCUCGUUCCCCCGAGUCAUCCCUGGUAUCAAGCUGGUUGUCCUGGAAGAUCCCUUGCUAUGGAUUGCGAAGAUGUGUUCAGACAACACUUUCCCCAUUCUUCAGUGGACACUUGGGGGGACUUACUUUUGAGAGUGGUGUCAAGAUGCACCCAAUUUGUUCUAAGUGUCACAAUGCACCCGCAUCACCGGCACAUACACUUGAGUGCCUGGAGUUGUCUCUUGUGGACCUUUACGGGUCUCCUAAGCUUGUUUUUUGAUUUUCUAAAGGUGAAUGAACUCGUGGACCUCGUCUAG